AUGUUUUGGCCAACUCGUUCCACCUUUUUCUUUAUCACCUUUGCCACCCUCAAGGCCAUCUAUGCAAUACAUGUUGCUCAUCGCACCCAAGAAAGACAGACUCUGGAUGCACCGGCGGCGGUAACCGAAGCUCCAAUGGUGGUGGUUGAUCCGUUGAACUUACUCCUUGGAUAUGGACCGGAGUUGAACCGCCGAGCGCAAUCAGAUGAUUUAGCAAUUCGUGUCACAAUCGCACCUGAUGAGACUUGCGGCUUUAUAGACGGCAAAAAGGAUUCGGCGGUAACUUGUGAUAACAGUCGCGCAUGCACUUGGGCUGCUUCUAGUGGUGUUGGCUUAAUUGCCUGUGCAUCGGAUAUUUAUGUCGCCUGUAUCGAUUCGUCACAGGCGGUUAAUUCGGCAGAAUGUAACGAUGUAUGCCGGAGCAACACAUUCAAUCUUUUAUGUACCGAUUCGGACCAUCCCUACUGCCUCACAUAUGCCUACCCCGGUAGCAUCUUUGACUAUCGCUGCGCAUCAACCACAGUCGACGACUACGAGCGUGUUUAUUUUACAUCUGAAGGAAAGAAGCGUGCGGAUCUCAUAACGACAACUCUCAGUUCUGAUUCUUCUGGCACCUCAGAAGGUCUGCAAGAAGUUAUCACAGUAACUGUCCAAGAGAAGUCCUCUAGAUCCCAAGCUGCGGUCACCAUAAUCGUCAUACCUCAGCUACCGAGUGCCGCAGCAACCUCUCCCAAUCCCCCUACCACCGAUAACAAAUCUAUCCCAGUCGGCCCUAUCGUAGGCGGCGUCGUUGGUGGUGUUGCCGUUCUUGGGUUGAUCGGACUUGGGGCUUUCUAUCUAGUUCGACGCCGGAAAAAGAACAAGCAUCAGAAAGACAUGACAACUAGCGGCCAACCCAACAUGACCCACUCCAUGGACCAGAAUCAACACCCAUAUCAUCCCCCAAAUCAAGGGGCUGUUCCACACUACACCGGUGUCAGCAUGUUAUCCUCUCCGCCACUAGAUGCACGUAUGUCGAUGGUGACAGGUUCAGUUUCUCCGAAUGGACAAAGCGUAAAUGGAGGAGGGGGUCAAUUGUCUCCUCCAACGGUUCAGAACCCUGCCCCCGCUUACGAAAUGGCGGGAAGUGAAUCUCGUGAGCCCGAGCCAGUCUAUGAGAUGGCCGGUGAUUCAUCAAAGAGAAAGUAG